AUGUCCUCCGGCAUCCUCCGGCGUACCCUCCCCCCUUUUUUACCACUCCUUCACCCUCUCCCCUCUCUUUCUAUCUCUUUCCCCUGUUUCCCCCCCUGGUUCCCCUGUUUCCCCCCCUGGUCCCCCUGUCCUCCUCUCUUCCCCCUAUCCUCCUCUCUUCCCCCUAUCCUCCUCUCUCGCCCCUGUCCUCCUCUCUCCCUCCUUUCCUCCUCUCUUCCCCCUGUCCUCCUCUCUCCCUCCUGUCCUCCUCUCUUCCCCUUGUCCACCUCUCUUCCCCCUGUCCUCCUCUCUUCCCCUUGUCCACCUCUCUGCGGAGAUAACUAG